CAACCAAGUAAACAGAGUUCACAACUGUGGUAGCCACAGGAGCAAAGCCUGCCGGGGUGACAAGCAUGAGCACUGUUCCACAGACCUGUGACCAGGAGCUGAGAACAGGUGCAAAGAAAGAACGAUGCCUUCAGGGGAAAGGCCUACUUCUGUGUGCACUUCUUGUCAGUACUCUCCUUGGCUUUACAUUGCUAAUCACCUACCUCGUGAUGACUUGUGCUCUAGGAUCCUGUGAUGCUGAGUCAGAUCCUGCUCUGUUGGAAAGACUUCUGAAUUCUAGGAAUGACACUGUUAACCCCUGUGAGAACUUCUACAAAUAUGCCUGUGGCAGAUGGGAAGGCAAACAGUCAAGUACAACCAGAGAAGAAUCACUAAAUGUAUUUGAUGUGUUGUUGGAAGAAAACCUGUUGAUCCUGAAAAGGCUUUUAGAAAGUCCACAGUUUGGGAUAAGAGGCUCAGCCAAGGAGAAAGCAAUACAAUUUUAUCGUUCCUGCAUGGAUACUGAACGAAUAGAAUCCCAAGGAGCUCAGCCAUUGAAGGACCUCCUAAAUGAGGUUGGUGGAUGGCAUAACACAGGUGUGGGGGAAACAAAAGAUUUUAAUGAAACUCUUCAGAUUCUCAUGAGCAGAUACAGCACCUUUCCAUUUUUUAGAGUACAUGUGGGACCUACUCCUUUUGACCCCAAGACCAAUAUUAUUCAGAUUGACCAUCCUGAGUUUGAUAUUCCACUUGAGAGUGAAUUCAAAGAGAAAAAUUAUCUUGAGGUUCUCCGUGUGUAUCUUUCGUAUUUGAAGAAAGUGGGGGUCCUACUUGGAAGGACAGAGGAUGGUCCUCCUGACUCCUUUUCCCUGACCUUGUCCUUCAUCUCUAACCUCCAGCGAUUUGUCACUCCACUGCAGAAAAGACAGCAGAGGGGGAUGCUGUUCUUUCGCACUACCAUUAGGGAGCUGCAGGAGAAGGCACCUGCUAUCGACUGGCUGGCGUGUCUCAAGGCUGUGUUCCAUCCUGCGCCAAUGGACCUCUCUCAGCCAAUUGCAGUGCAUGACAUGGAUUACUUAAGCAACAUGUCAAAGCUCAUCGAGAAAUGGCACAAGGGAAGGGUCCUUCACAUUUAUAUGAUUGUUUGUCUGGUUGGGAAUCUCUCCCCAGCCCUUGACAGUCAAUUCCAAGAUGCACGCCUGGAGCUGUAUAAGAUCCUUUAUGGAAAAAUGGGGUCUAGAAUGAUCCCAGCUGAGCGCUGGAGGAAGUGCUUGACUGAUACCAGCUCUUUCUUUGAGCCAGUUCUAGGGAAGAUGAUUGUGCAAGAAAUUUUCCCUGAGCAGACCAAGAAAUUUGCUGAGCAGAUGUUCUCUGUGAUCCAAGAUGCCCUCUGUGACCGCCUGGAUCAGGUGGAGUGGAUGGAUGAACAGACUCGCCGAAACGCUAAAGCCUUGGUAUCCAAACUACACGUGGAGAUUGGUUAUCCAGCUCACAUACUCCAGACUGACAAAGUGAACCUGGAAUACCAGAAACUGGAGAUAAAUGAAGACACUUUUUUCCUCAAUGUGGUGGCUUGCUUGAAAGUACUGAGGGAAAAUUCCUACCUGAAGCUCCUUCAGCAUAACCCACAGAAAAACUGGCAUGUGCACCCCUGGAGUGUGCAUUCAUACUAUUCAAUAAGCCACCACAUGGUGGUCUUUCCGGCUGGAAUGUUCCGCACUCCUUUUUUCCACAUGGAGUUUCCCAGCGCUGUGAAUUUUGGAGCCAUCGGGGUCUUCAUGGCACAUGAAAUUCUUCACUCAUUCUAUGGUUAUGUGUUGCCUGAGGGCUGUCCUGCAUGCAACAGGAGUGCACUACAAAGCUCCAUAGACUGUUUGGUUGAGCAGUAUGAAAGCUACAGCUCUAGCGUCAAUGGCACCUUCACACUGUUGGAGAAUACAGCUGACACUGGAGGGCUCGCUGUCGCUUACCAGGCCUAUAAGAAUUGGCUGAAAAAGCACAAAGAAGAGGAUUUACCUAAGAUUGGACUUUCACACGAUCAACUUUUCUACCUCAGUUUUGCUCAUGCAAUGUGUGGACACCAGGAUCCAGAGAAGCUCCAGUCUUCCCUGAACACAGAUCCACAUAGUCCCUUGCCACUUCGUGUCUCUGGGCCUGUCAGCAAUAGCCAGGACUUUUCCAAGAGCUUCCAGUGUCCCAGUGGAGCCCCAAUGAACCCAGACAACAAAUGUCGCAUCUGGUAGCGUGCGUGGAAGAGGAGGAAGAGAGAUGUGAUCCCAGGGAGAGGAAGGCCUGACACAUGGAAAUAUGACCAUCUUCUCAGGGCCUCUAGGGUGGCAUGGUGCUCUUAUUCACUCCUUUGCCUUCCUUUUCUUGUUAUCCUUUCCUCAGCAUUUGAUGGCAGGGAAAUUCUUAAACUGAUCUCACAAGGAAGGGAUCUCCUCCAAGGCUCUCAGUGCUCUGUCCCAGAUGUGUGACAAGUCCCAGGGCAGCAAGGUGACUGGGCAGUUUCCAGUAGGCAACAGCUUGUGAGGAGUUGUGAACAGAAAGACUGCUACAUUAGUAGGCCCUCUGUUUACUGCAUUUACCUGUCUGCUCCAGCAGCCCCACAGUCCUGUAGAAAGGGCAAGUCAAUAAACAGGAGCUGUAAGACUUGUUCGUAUCUUACAAUAGCUCUUGGGGAAAUCCUGUGGGUUACUGUGCAAACCACAUGUAACUUACAAGAGAGAGAAGAAUCCUCUUCUCUUCUCU